AUGUCGCAAACGGAACGACUGUCCUUAUCUUGGGACUCCCACCAGAAAAGUAUUUGUAACGGACUAAGCGUACUGCAGCAGCGUGGGGAAUAUGUGGACAUGACGCUGGCUGCUGACGGCCACUAUGUGAAGGUCCACCAGAUGGUUGUGUCGCUAGUGAGCCCGUACCUGAAGGAUCUUAUAUCAACAGCCCCAUGCCCACAUCCUGUUAUUUUUCUUAAUAAUAUAUCAUACACUACACUAUGUGCGAUAUUAGAGUAUGUAUACACUGGCGAAGUGCAAGUACCUCGCGACAAACUGCCUGAUCUGCUCAGUGCUGGUAGAGCAUUACAUAUAAGGGGACUAAAGGACAUGAAUGAAGGAAAACCUCCAGAAGAGAGUAGACCAACUAUGCCAAGUUUAUCAGAAAUAUUAAAAGAAGAACAGAAUAAAGAUACACAGGAACAGAUCCUAACAUCGUCGCCAGAACCUAUAUGCAAAAUAUACAUAAGUGAAAAUGCAAAUAACUACGACACAACAAUGGAUACAGAGAACGAAUCGAGUACGGACAUAAUGGCGAUCACAGAUACAAGUAUACCACUCAAGAAAAAUAAAAAGUAUAAAAAAGAUGAUAAACCACCAAUUUCGCCUGAAACAACAAGGAAUGUGUUGUUAAGUAAACAAGUACAGUACUCAAUAUCAAACCAGGGUGGAUUACAAGCUGUAUACAACCGAUAUAUUUACAACCUGCGCUACAUCAGCAAGACCAAUGGCAGACGAUUCUGGCGGUGUGUGCAAUAUUCGUCCAAUAACAAUUGUCCAGCCAAUAUAAGUACUUUAAACAAUAAUACUGUUGUAGACAGAACAUUCACCCAUAACCAUCCGUUUGAGGACAAGAAGAUACUGAAAAAGUUUAGUAGUGGUAUUAUAUUCACGUAUUUCAAAGAAGCCGAGACUCAAUCAGCUGUUAUAAAGAAAAAGGAUUUAAAGAUGUCUAAUUUCGAAAACCUUUGUGAGAAUACAGAAAAAAACCCACAAGGGAAAACAAAAGUAUAA